AUGGACAAAGAUUGCGACAUGGUAUAUAAGAACAUCUCUGACAUAUAUAAAUCUGGGGAGUUUAAGACAUACGACAACUUUGUUUCAUUAGUUGCAAAAUGUGUAUGGCAGAUAAGAGAUAAAGAUAGAAGAGGUAAGGUAUGGAAUGAACAGAUAAAACCAACUGCUUCAGAUUUAAAGAAAACCAUUGACGCCUUAGUUGUUUUAGCAGGUAAGGUUUCAGAAUAUAACGCAAAAAUGAAUCCGCAAUGUUCUAAAUGUAAAGCAGCAAUUAGGAAAUAUAACUAUUCAGUAAAACAGAUAGAACGUAUGAGAAACGACUAUGCAGAUUUAAAGAGGGAGGCAGAGAAACCAGCAGAAGAUAAAAUGGACAUGUUAGAAUUUCUGAACAAAAACUAUCCAACUGCUGACGAUUUCCUUCUAUCUGAUGUCAAGAAGAAGUAUAAAGAAACUUUCGUAUCGUUUAAAAUUUUUGAUGUACUAAAAGAAGAAAUUUUUGAUAUCCUCAGCGAAGAAAUAGAAGCUACAAAACUGUUUAGAGUCUCACGAAUUCAUAACGUUUACCAUGUAAAACGGUUAUAA